AUGAUUUUGGUCGAGAAGUGUUUCUGUCCCGAAGGAUAUACCGGUUCGUCGUGUGAAUAUUGUACUCCUGGAUAUGUCCGGGAAAUGUCGGGCCGUUAUUUAGGUCGUUGUGUUAUCCCAACCAUUGCUUGUAAUUGUAAUCAUCAUUCAAACGAUUGCGACCGCCGGACAAACCAAUGCUAUAACUGUCAACACAAUACUGAAGGGGCUCAAUGCGAACGAUGUAAACGAGGGUUCUAUGGGUUGGCCACUCUGGGAAGGGAUGAUAGUUGUCGCGCCUGUCCUUGUCCUCACAUCACACCAUCUCAUCAGUAUUCCCCGACUUGUUAUAUGGAUGAUAGGGAAGGGGAUGUCAUUUGCGACUCGUGUCCGCUUGGGUUUGAGGGAAAUCGAUGCGAGAGCUGUGCCCCCGGAUAUGUCGGCAAUCCCGUGGAAGGAGAGCCCUGUGAACCAAAAGUGAGUGGUGUCUGUCAUUCAGACCAAUUCCGUUGUGGAAACGGCACGUGUAUUGACAUAAGAUUGCGCUGUAAUAAUGUUUACGAUUGUAUGCCUGAAGGCAAUGAUGAAGUUGGUUGCGACUGUUCGCCCAAUAAGUUUCGGUGUUUCGACGGCGGAUGUAUUGAACGAUCUCUUGUCUGUAACGGAAUCGCCAAUUGCUUUGAUAACAGCGACGAAAGCAAUUGUGGAGGUGCGGACACUCAUUGCGACCCAAUUGGUAGCUUAACAUCAUCUCCGAGUCCCUCAACGGGUUUGUGUCAUUGCAAGCCAUUAGUGACGGGCGCUCGUUGUGAUCAAUGCAGCGCUAAUUCAUUUCAUUUAAGCAAUGAAUCGCCGAAUGGAUGUAUCGAUUGUUUCUGUUUCGGUGUCACCAAAGCCUGUGUUGCGAGCGAUUGGAUCAGAGAUCACAUUGAAUUGAAGUUUUCUAACGAUCCAAAUAUAGUCAAACUGAGCACUUUAGACAUGACUCUCAAUAUUGAUAAAAACCUACGAAUCGAUUAUCGAAGUCAUCAAAUAGUUUACAGAGAUUUCUCACUUCAACCAAAAAUGACAUUUUAUUGGAAUCUUCCCAAAGAUUUUCUCGACAAUAAGAUUGUCUCUUAUGGCGGAAAUCUUAACUAUUCCUUUAGAUAUGAGAGCGGUUUUCUAUCGCGUCCUAACGAUGAUCCAGACGUACAGAUCAGCGGAAAUGGAUUCAAAAUAAUUUAUAAAACAGACAAAGCAUUGAUGUCAGGAGUGAACAAUUUUCUAUCAAUUCCUCUCUACGAAAAUCAAUGGCUUUCAUCUGAUGGACAGCGAGUCAGUCGUGAGAAGUUUAUGUCUGUUUUAGCGGCAAUCGAUUCGUUGCUUUUGAAGGCAACGCAUUCAUACGAUGUCAUAGCUGUUAGUUUAUUAGGGGUUACUCUCGACACAGCCAUAGAGAGGUCGUCCCGAGCCGUGGGAUUAUCACAAGCGGCCUCUUCUGUGGAGAUCUGUCGCUGUCCUAUUGGUUAUCAGGGCCUGUCGUGCGAGCAAUGUAUAGCCGGUUACACGCGAACAGCAAUCGGAUCAUAUCUGGGUCUUUGUGAGCCGUGUUUCUGUAACGGCCACUCCAGUGAUUGCGACCCCAAAACUGGAAUUUGCAAAAAUUGUCAACACAAUACUCGGGGAGAUUUUUGUGAUUCUUGUACCCCUGGCUAUGCGGGUGACCCGACUCGGGGCACGCCUUACGAUUGUAGUCCGGAUAGAGUGGUGACUCCGUGUCAAUGCGAUGGUCGGGGAAGUGUUUCAAACGAAUGCGAUUUGAAUCAGAAUUGUUUGUGUAAAUCCAAUGUUCGGGGCAUUAAUUGCGAUCAGUGUUCAGACGGUUACUACAAUUUGGAUGAGCGAAACCCCGGCGGUUGUACUCAAUGCUACUGCUCGGGAGUGACCCGAAGAUGUAGUAGUAGUUCAUACUUUAGACAUCAAAUCACAAUGCGUUUACAGGACUUAACCAAUCCUUAUGAACACAACUUUCAACUUACAAAUCGAUAUAAUUCCAGAAUAUUUUCAGAAGGAAUUAUUGUAAACCCGACUCAAAACGAAGUUAGUUUUGCCUCUUUUACGAGAGACUCUCCGCAUUCGGAGACUUUGUUUUGGGCCUUACCUGAAAACUUCUUGGGCAAUAAGCUAACAUCAUAUGGCGGUCGCCUUCACUAUACCCAACAAUACACAGUUCGAGGAGCGGGUGAACUAUACUCUGACGCUGACAUUGAGAUUACUGGAAAUGGUGUGACAUUACUGUACGUGAAGAACAAAGGCUUAUCUGAAGGCGAUCUCCAGACCUAUGAUAUUGAAUUAAAAGAAGGAAUUUGGCAAAGGAUUGAUUCCAAUCGACAAAAGGCUUCAGUUCUCGCCAAUAGAGAAGAUUUUUUACUCGUUUUCUCUAAUAUUGAGGAAUUUCUCAUUAGAGCCACAUUUCAUCCACAUAUGCAACAGACUAUUAUCGCUGACAUAACAUUAGAUACGGCUGUCCCUCAAAACACUGGCUUACAAUUAGCCGUUGAGGUUGAGCAAUGCGUGUGUCCACCUGGCUAUUCGGGUUUGUCGUGUGAAAGUUGUGCACCGGGUUAUAUCAAAGACACAACGAGUCCAGGCUAUGGUCGCUGUACGCGCUGUAACUGUAACUCACAUUCAGAAACUUGCGAUCCAAACACUGGCUAUUGUGUUAACUGUCGUCACAACACUCGCGGAGAGAAUUGUGAAGUUUGUGCGGAAGGCUAUUACGGGGACGCGAGCCGCGGCUCACCGGACGACUGUAUGCGGUGUCGGUGUCCUCUCGUGAGUUUGCAAAAUAGCUUUUCACCGAGUUGUCGACUCGAUUCUGACGGUCAGCCAACUUGUAAUGCCUGCGCCACUGGAUAUUCCGGCAGAAACUGCGAACAGUGUGCUUUUGGUUAUCGGGGUAAUCCAUUACAACCAGGAGGUAAAUGUGAGUUAAUAUCUGGUUCCGGACCCACUAUUCGUGUCCGUAUUGAUGAGCCAAAAGUACAACGAGUGCCGAUUGGUUCGGUGGUCACAUUCAGAUGCAAUGGUGUCUCACAAAUAAGUGAUAUUACUUAUAACUUGGUUUGGACUAAAGAGAGCGGAUCACUGCCAUCGCGAGCAUCAGAAGCGAGUGGUAUACUUACGAUUCCGGACGUAAAGCCAGAGCACAGCGGGAUAUAUAUCUGCACGGGUUCUGACUUACAAAGUGUAGCUCAGGAUCACUCAACGCUAAUCGUUGAGACCAGUGAUCAGCCGGCGGUCCCUCGCGUUAGGAUUGAGCCCUAUUAUCAAGAAGUAAAAGUUGGCGAUACCAUGGAGUUUAAGUGCACGGCUGAGGGUUACCCACCGCCGGAGCUGCGGUGGACGGGUGGCCGCAAUAAUCCAACUUGUAAUGCCUGCGCCACUGGAUAUUCCGGCAGAAACUGCGAACAGUGCGCUUUUGGUUAUCGGGGGAAUCCAUUACAACCAGGAGGUAAAUGUGAGUUAAUAUCUGGUUCCGGACCCACCAUUCGUGUCCGUAUUGAUGAGCCAAAAGUACAACGAGUGCCGAUUGGUUCGGUGGUCACAUUCAGAUGCAAUGGUGUCUCACAAAUAAGUGAUAUUACUUAUAACUUGGUUUGGACUAAAGAGAGCGGAUCACUGCCAUCGCGAGCAUCAGAAGCGAGUGGUAUACUUACGAUUCCGGACGUCAAGCCAGAGCACAGCGGGAUAUAUAUCUGCACGGGUUCUGACUUACAAAGUGUAGCUCAGGAUCACUCAACGCUAAUCGUUGAGACCAGUGAUCAACCGGCGGUCCCUCGCGUCAGGAUUGAGCCCUAUUAUCAAGAAGUAAAAGUUGGCGAUACCAUGGAGUUUAAGUGCACGGCUGAGGGUUACCCACCGCCGGAGCUGCGGUGGACGGGUGGCCGCAAUAAUUGCACGGCUGAGGGUUACCCACCGCCGGAGCUGCGGUGGACGGGUGGCCGCAAUAAUGUCAUGAAUCCGAGCGCAACCCUUAUUAACGGUGUGUUUCGCAUAGAAUCGGUGCGAAAGAGUGAUGAGUCUGAAUACAUGUGUCACGCGACCAAUUCUGCCGGUUCUGACUCUUUGAGGACUAUUCUGUUCGUCAGAGGAGAGGACAGACCGGACGUCAGCGCCAAACCUCACGUCACUAUAUCGCCCGUCAAUUACGAGGCCAGACGUGGAGAGACUGUGAAAUUUGACUGCAAAGUCACAGGAAGUCCAGCGCCUGAUCUGAUAUGGAGUUAUUCGGGCGGAGAAUUGCCCAACGAUUCGCGACAAAUUGGAGGUCUGCUUAUAUUGACCAGAAUUACUGAGACUCACCAGGGAUUGUAUACCUGUACCGCUCGUAACACUUACGGCACAACCCAAGGACAGGCGCGUCUGUCCAUCGAAUCGGGACGAGCUAUACCUACGGUGAGAAUAGAGCCCGAAAGACAGACCAUAGUUCAGGGACACAACGGAGAGCUGAGAUGUGUGGUCAGUGGAAACCCUGUGCCCACUAUUAGCUGGCAGAAGAUCGGCGAGGAUUUAGUGCCCUUAAGACAUAAAACAAACGGCGAGCUAUUGUUCAUUGAGAAUGCAGUGAUUGAAGACAGGGGUCUAUAUGUGUGCAGAGCUGACAAUAGGGAGGGAUCGGCACAAAGCUCUGCGAUUGUCGAGAUUGAAAGGAGAGAAAUACCCGCCAUUCAAAUAUACCCGGAAUCGUCACAAACAGUUGUUAGGGGCGGAAGCGCAUUAUUUCAAUGUCGGGUUACAUCUGGUGUCCCGACUCCUACCGUCGAGUGGCGCCGAAGCGAUGGAAGUUUAUUCACUCCCAGCACUGAACUACUCGAUGGUGUCCUCAGAUUCAAUAGAGUGACCGGCGAUGAAGACGGCGCCUACAUCUGCACUGCCGAAAAUAUAGCCGGAAGAGUAACAGCACAGGCAGUGCUCAGAAUACAGGGCGCGCCCACUGUUAAGAUUCUACAGUCGAGUCCCUAUAGGGUUCGGCCCAAUGAGAAAGUGAGGCUCGAAUGCGAGGCAAACGGAGAUCAGACAUCAAAUUUAAUUUGGAGGCGAUGCACCAGUACUUCGCCGUUUGGCACCAUUGAAGAGCGCAUUCAUCUAAUAGUUGAGGACGACUUAAUGGGAACAGUUGUGCCGCAUAUCGUAGUUGAGGAUCGAGUGGUAACCGUUGCCGCCGGCAAAAGGGCUACUCUUAGAUGCUUUGUUAGAGGGACUACACGUCCGGUUGAAUUAAGUUGGAUUCGAGCCGGAAAUCAAUCACUUCCCACAUCUUCGAGAGUAGAGAAUGGAGUCUUAAAUAUCGAUGACGUGAAACCGCAGGACAGCGGCGAAUACCAGUGUCUGGGAGUUGUAGACGGAAAGACAGUGUUGUUUGAGGCCAGAGCCCGGUUAGCAGUUGUCGCGCCUCCAAGAAUACAGUUACAGCCGACCCGACAGAAGGCCAAACCGGGCGAUUCGGUGACUAUUGAUUGCAGCGCAUCCGGCGAUCAGCCAAUCACUAUAGACUGGAGUAGAAUAGGGGGAGCCUUACCUCCCGGUGUGUUCCCUCACAGCGGAAGACUUGAAUUGCGAGGAAUCCAGUUGUCAGACGCCGGAAGAUAUUUGUGUACAGCUGUGAACGCCGGCGGGAAGACUGAGGGAACCGCUGAAGUGAUUAUCGAAGACUCGGAUUAUGUGGAUAUUGUGCGCAAAGAAGAGACAGCAUUUGUUGGCUCUAAUAUUGAGCUCAAGUGUCAAUUCGGUGGCUCUCCGUCGCCGACCAUAAGUUGGUCCAAAGAUACUGUCGGUCUUCUCGACAAUGCGAGAGAAGUAAACAACGAGUUAUGGAUCCGAAACAUUAGAUUAGAAAACGCCGGACAAUAUGUCUGUACGGCCACCGCCAGUAAUGGCAUGUUAUUAUCACGGGAUUAUGUGAUGCUCAAUGUCAGAGUAAUUCCUUCACUGGAAGUGAAAAUAAUGGCGAGCAAAGAACGGAUCCAUUUGGGCGAUCAAUUAAGUCUUCAAUGUCUAGUAUCGGGUGACCCGACGGCACGGGUUGAGUGGACGGCAUUGAGCCAAAGCGGACCCUUUGCUUCUAAUAUUGCUAUUCGGGGAUCAGUUUUAAUGAUUAACGGAAUCAAAGCAGAAAAUGGAGGCAUUUAUAGAUGCACUGUUGAUACCUAUGCGGGCACUCAUAAUAGUGAUUAUGUGUUGGCCAUAGAGGAAAUGCCUACCAUUGCUCCGGAAGCAGUGGUGAAAAGAUCUGCACCUUUCGGAUCAACUGUAGUGGUGGACUGUCAGACACCACUCGAACACCCGAUUGCGUACAGUUGGGCCAAACAGGGAGGAGUUCUUCCUCAAGAAUCUAAUGUCGAUGAAGAGGGAGUCCUAACACUUCGUAGUGUUAAGGGACAAGACUCUGGCACAUACAUCUGUACGGCUAAAAACAAUGACCAGACCAUUGAUGUGCCAACUAUUCUAGUGGUGACAGGAGUGGUGCCACACUUUUCACAGACCCCACUGUCAUAUAUGGUCCGACCGACACUACCCGAUGCUUAUCUCACAUUUGAUGUUCAGAUUUCAUUCCGACCCGAAGACCCCAAUGGACUGAUUCUAUAUAACGGACAAAAGCAGAGUUCUGGAGAUUUCAUAUCACUUGGACUAACCGAUGGUCGGGUAGAGCUUAGGUAUGAUUUGGGCGCCGGAACUGCGCUUCUUAUCAGUGAAAAACCAAUUGAGAUGAAGAGAUGGCAUAAAGUGAAGUUCAGCCGCAAUGAGAAGAACGGCGUUUUAGAAGUAGACGACCAAAUGGUCAUAAAAGGCUCGGCUCCGGGAGACAAGAUUGGUCUCGACCUUCUCGAGCCAUUAUAUAUCGGAGGAGUUCCCGAUUUCUCACAGAUAUCUAAGCAAAACGGAUUCAAUAAGGGAUUCGUCGGUUGCAUCAGUCUAUUCAAAGUGGGAACCGUUACCCAUGAGUUGAUCAACGAAGCGGAGGCCCAUUCGGUCAGAAAUUGCGAGACGUGUACAAUGAAUACCUGUGCCAAUGAGGGUGUGUGUCAGGAGACAUCGCUGAAGGUGUCGGGCUAUACCUGUGUUUGUUCCGCCGGAUUCUCGGGCCAUAACUGCGAGAAAAUAGGCGACGCCUGCUUUCCAGGUGUUUGCGGUUCCGGCCGUUGUGUCAACAGAAAUAACGGCGGAUUUGACUGCUUUUGUCCGUUCGGUAAGAGUGGCCUCAAAUGUGAAAAGGAUAUCGUGAUUGUAGAGCCGGCCCUCUAUAACGACGCUUAUAUCGCAUACCCGACACCAAAAGACACACUCAAUAAAAUGAGUCUUAAAAUGAAGAUAAAACCAAAACGAUUAGAUGACGGCCUACUUAUGUAUAGCUCGCAAAAUCAUGUCGGAAACGGAGAUUUCAUUUCGUUGGCCAUUAAGAACGGAACCGUUGAGUUCCGAUUCGACACGGGUUCGGGUCCGGCGGUACUCAAGUCCACACAACGACUCGAACACAACGAAUGGGUGACUAUUUUGGCCGAACGUGACCUCCGAAAGGGUUCGCUGAGAGUCGGCAAUAGUCCGGCAGUGUUUGGCGAAUCGCCGGGACGUACGCGAGGCUUGAAUUUACGAUUACCCCUAUAUAUUGGCGGUUAUGACAAACAACAGGUGACAAUCGCACCGUUGGCUGAAAUAUCGCAUGGAUUCUAUGGAUGUGUCGGACAUAUCGAAGUGAAUAGCAUUCAAACCAAUUUAGUAGACUCUGUCAUCGAUUCGGCAAAUGUGGCCGAUUGUGGCUCAGAGUCGUCGUGUCAGCGCUUGCCGUGUCUUAAUGGAGGCCAGUGUCGAGAAAUGGACAAAACAGACUACCAGUGCAUUUGUCAACAAAACUAUACCGGAAAAAAUUGCCAACAAAUGAUCGGUGUCUGCGAACUGACCAAUCCAUGCAAAAAUGGGGCUCAAUGUCAGAACAUGGAGUCCCUGUCCUUCAGAUGUCUUUGUCCGCUUGGAUUCAAAGGCAGUACAUGUAGUGAUCGACUGGAAUUCGUUGAUCCCGAAGCCAUUCGACUUCUGGGCAAUGGUUUCGUGACUCUAAGUACACAUUUGUUACCACAUUCAUCGAGUUUGGCGGAUGAGGUGAUUAAGUUAACUCUAUCGACGCAAGAAGAUGAUGGUCUGGUCUUCUUUCACGGCCAAACACCCGACACCAAUGGUGUGGGAAAGGACUUUAUGGCCGUCGCUGUGAUCGACGGUUACGUUGAAUUCAGCUUUGAAUUGGGCAGCGGUUUAGCGAAGAUUAGGUCUUUGGUUAAAGUGAAUGAUGGCUACAAACACACAGUCGUUAUUAAACGGAAAGGCAAAGAGGGAAGUCUUAUAAUCGAUGAGAAUCAUAGUAUGUAUGGAGAAUCGGCCGGAGGUUUGCAAUCGUUGAAUGCGAGCGGAGAUAUAUAUAUCGGAGGUCUUCCAGAAUAUACUCUUAUGAGUGGCAAUCGUUUCACUGGAUUUGUCGGUUGUAUUUCCGACAUAGAGAUCGGCACUUCCGGUGCGCUUAAUAUUGUCACCCAAUCAAAGAGCACUCAAAAUGUUCUCAAUUGUGACGAGUAA